CACUGGAACGGAGCUAUCUUUUCCAAUUAAUAUUCAUGUUUAGCACAGUCAACACUUCAUUUUGUUACAUAUUUUGAUACGAUGAGGAUGAGUCGGCAAUGGCCUCUGCCUUUGUAGAUGUUGCAAUAUCAAUGCCAAAGAAAAGAGCCGGUAUCCGCUUCACAGGAACUUGGGAACUCCUCAAAUUUAAGAUUUGGCUGUAAGUAGUCUGGCUAACUAUUUUUACAUUACCAAUAGGCUACUCAUCUCUUUCGAUUAAUGUGCAAGUAAAUAUGUCAAAGAUCAUGCUACAAGGUGAUGGAUAUGCAUCGUAAGACUCCCCCAGAACCUAUCCCGAUGGAUUAUUAACAGUGCAUUUUAGUACACUCCAGUUCUAUGUCUUCUGGGCAGAUAAUGGAAACGCUUCGGACGGUGUUGGUCGCGCACUGCUCGAGGAAGUAUCUUUAGGCUACAAUAUCUUAACACAAACCGGGGGCAUUGUUUCUGCAUCCGAUACUGCGACAAUAAGGGAAACAAAUAGCAUACUUUUCAUCAACAUAUGAGACGUUUGGAGACGCUAAUAUGAAUACAACAAUGGAGCACACUGGAAUUGAAGAGGUAAACCAGACACACCAGCAACACGAGCCCAUCAGCUUUGGAAUAGACCAGAUUCUGAACAGCACGGACCAGUCCAGCAGCUGCAUGCUGCCCAACCGAACCAGCGACACGGAUUACACGCUUGCCCCAAACGUUUACACCAAUGGCUAUAACAGCGUCUAUAACCCGGCCUGCUCUAUGGCAGCUGGACUCGCAGGUUCCUAUAACGUGAACAUGAACAUGAAUGUCAGCAUGAACAUGAACGUUAACGUGAAUGGUGGGAACGCCGGUGGUGUUAUCAGGGUGCCAGCUCACAGACCCAUGCCACCGAAUCCACAUCAGCCCCCGCCUACCCAUCCACCUGGCUUCGCGGGUGGCAUCACCUCAGUGACUUCAAUGCCAAGUAUGGGAAAUGCAGCAAACUUUACCUUCCCGUGGAUGGAGAGCAGUCGAAGGUUCGCAAAGGACAGACUCACUGCGGAGCAGGCAGAGGACAGACAAGCAGGAGACCCCAGUGGGAGGCCAGGAGCCCCCCCGGCCCUGCCAGGCCUCUGCCCUCUCCCCAAGGGGGACAUUGGCAGGGUCCCUACCUGGAGCUCUAUGGAGACAUUAGCCAAACACUAUUACCCCGAACUCGCUCACCUGCGAGACACCGGCCCAUUUGCAGACUAUCCCUUUCGAAAGGGUACUUGUCCAGCAGCCCUUUCUCCCUUCUCGGUGACCCGGCGCAUCGGCCACCCCUAUCAGAACCGGACGCCACCCAAAAGAAAAAAGCCCCGCACCUCAUUCAGCCGUGUGCAGAUCUGCGAACUUGAGAAACGCUUUCACCGACAGAAGUACCUGGCAUCGGCAGAGCGCGCCACCCUGGCCAAGGCCCUGAAGAUGACAGACGCACAGGUCAAAACUUGGUUCCAGAACAGGAGGACAAAAUGGCGGAGACAGACAGCCGAGGAGCGCGAAGCAGAGAGACAGCAGGCCAACCGUCUGAUGCUGCAGCUCCAACAGGAGGCCUUUCAGAAGACCCUGAGCCAGCCCCUGCAGCAGGACCCCUUGUGCCUGCACAACUCCUCCUUGUACGCCCUACAGAACCUACAGCCCUGGGCGGAGGACAACAAGAUCAUAUGUGGACUUCUUGGCGUGGACAGACAUACAUUUAGUUCCACUGAAAUGGACAAUGAUCAAUGAGUCUUCUAAGUUUUUUCAGACCUGAUUCUGUCAAGUAAUUUUCCUACCUUACACUAGAUUUUCACUCUUCCUUCAGCUGUCGGUCUAAACAGAGGACGGAGCUAAAUCCUACCUGAAAUCUAACGGACACAUCAGUAGAUGCCUACCAUCAAGACUGUCCUGUUGCCAACAGGGAAGCACUGACUCUCAGCCAUAUGGCAACAAAACUGGAUCUGAUUCCUUUAACUGGAAUGGAUUCCUCUAACUGGAUCUGAUUCCUUUGCGUUUGGCUUUGUACAAUGUAGUAAUGCAUGUUUCCGAUAUUUCUGUGUGCACUUGGAAUUGCCGUUGAAGUCACCAGCUUUCCAGGUGGAUCCCUUCCCUGACUGCAGUUUGCAAGUGGUAUUGUGGAAUAUCUCUUCGAGAAUUCCUCAUAACUUACUACAUUUAAAGGUGUUUUAUAUUAAAUGAUAUUGUGACUUUUUGAAAAGAU